UGUACGUGGAUAUGUCGGCGUUCAUUGCCUUUAGAUGGAUGGUAAACAGUCAGCGGCGCUACUUCCUGAGUUUAGGGAAGGGGCUUGGUCCCGUGCCCGCGCCCCGCAACGCGCAUCAAAUUAGCAUCGAUGAAGUUUGUUCGAACAUGGCGGAUUUCCUGCCGACCAGGUCCGUGUUAAAAGUUUGUCUACCCGUUUGCCUGCUCAACAGCGGCGAGGGGGAACAGCUCCGAAAGUCCAAGGAGAUCGACCGGGGCAUCUCCCGGGAGAAAACGUACGUGAAGCGGCUGGUAAAGAUCCUGCUGCUCGGCGCUGGCGAGAGCGGCAAGUCGACUUUCCUCAAACAAAUGCGGAUCAUCCACGGCCAGGACUUCGACCAGCAAGCCCGAGAGGACUUCAGAGCCACGAUUUACAGCAACGUUAUCAAAGGUGUUCGUGUGUUGGUGGACGCCCGGGAGAAGCUGCACAUCCCCUGGGGUGACUCAGACAACCAGCCGCAUGGCGACAGCUUGAUGGCGUUCGACACCCGGUCGGCUAAGAUGGCGAGCGGGCAGCUGGAGACGUCUGUCUUCUUGCGGUACCUGCCCGCCAUUAAAGCCCUGUGGGCAGACUCGGGCAUACAGAACGCCUACGACCGUCGCAGGGAGUUUCAGCUGGGUGAGUCAGUGAAGUAUUUCUUGGAUAAUCUGGAUAAGCUUGGCGAGCCGGAUUAUCUUCCCAGUCAACAGGACAUCCUGCUGGCUCGUAAACCCACCAAGGGCAUCCACGAGUAUGACUUUGAGAUCAAGAACGUCCCCUUCAAGAUGGUGGACGUGGGAGGGCAGCGGUCGGAGCGGAGGCGCUGGUUCGAGUGUUUCGACUCCGUCACCUCUAUCCUCUUCCUCGUCUCCUCCUCUGAAUACGACCAGGUGCUGAUGGAGGACAGGCAGACCAACCGCCUCCGCGAAUCCCUCAACAUCUUCGAGACCAUCGUCAACAACCGCGUCUUCGUCAACGUCUCCAUCAUCCUCUUCCUCAACAAGACGGAUCUGCUGGAGGAGAAGGUGAAGAGCGUUCCCCUUAAGGACUACUUUCCUGACUACACCGGGCCGGAGCACAGCCUGCCGGACAUCCAGGCGUUCCUGGUGGAGUGCUUCCGGGCCAAGAGGCGCGAAGCCACUCAGAAGCCGCUGUACCACCACUUCACCACGGCCAUCAACACGGAGAACAUCAGGCUGGUGUUCCGGGACGUCAAGGACACCAUCCUGCACGACAACCUCAAGCAGCUCAUGCUUCAAUGACCCCUGGCAACCUGUGAAAGUAGAGGACCCGAACGGGGACAGAACCACCCCCUCGCUCCCGAAGAGGACGUGGGCGAGAGCAGCCUCUGAAGAGUCCGAUAGACGUCAGCAAUCUUCUUCAGACAUUUUUAUAUUAGUUUUUACGCUCCUCUUUGAAGAGUUGGCCCUCUUGUUAGUGGUGAUGUUGAAAGACGAGGAGCUGGUUCUGGGUCUUGGACGACAUCCGAUCCCUGCCGCUUCCUCUUGAGACUCUCCCUUCAGUCCUGAGCUCUGCCUCGCAGUACACGACCUGCUGGGGCUUUUCCGACUCACAAGGUGCCGGUGCUGGCGCCAGUGGAAACGGGCAAAACUUUUUACAAACAAGGCGUACGGUUUUAUAAUCCAGAUACACAACUUGUCGAGCUACACACGCAGGAAAUAGUCCACGUUUGCAGAGUUAGAUGGUCAAAGAUGUGCUCAGUCUGUGUCCAGGCACUGAUUUAGUCCAAAUUCACUCCCUUGUUUCUGCUGCUUCUCCGGUGCUGCUUCGUGAACAUCGUCUCGAAUGAUCUGGAGGCUACAUCGCAGCCCCGUUCCUCCCUCUUCCCAUCUCGGUUGGAGAUCAGCAGAUUUAAGAUGUCGGCAUGAAGGACGGUGGAUUCUGAAAGCUCUCCAAACGGUUCAAGGUUUAGCGUCCAAACUGGCUCCAGCACCGGCACCUCGUUUGUGGAAAUCUUCUCGACUGAACCUACGAUGCCUUUCCUUGUAAUUUCUUUAAUCACUGUUUAAAUUUCUCCUUAGAAUUAAAGCCAAUCUUAGCUUCUUAAAUCAGGUAAUUCAAAAUCCAAGUCGUUCCUUUUUUUUAGUUUUUGGUCAUUCAGAGGGUAAAGAGAUUGCCUCCGUUGGCACAGCGGGCAGGUGUGCCAGUAAGUGAACAUGCAGUCCACUGUUUUCUCAGGGUUGAAUCAAAACCGGUGUUAAUGCUGAUGUUAAUUGUUCAUGAACUGACUGAAAAAAAAUCUAACCUUGCGUCUGGGUGGGCCUCAGCCAGGCCUCCAUACCGUUAGCUGGGUGGUGUUUAGUACUGAAUCCUCCUGGCUCCGGCCCCUGACGUUAACCCAGAAUCCCCCUUUUUCUUUUUUUUUUUCUUUCUUCUCAUCUCCGAUUAGAUGUCUUGUAAAGGGACAGACUCCCCUCCCCGACCCUCCUCCUGUGUGCCUGAAUCAUGAAUGUCUGUUAAUAAAUGUACAGAGAUUUGCUCUAGAUUGUUUGAAUAUACUGUAACCGACAUUGUUGUGGUGAGAUGUAACCCGUCAUGUGAGAAUAUCUGUAUCGGCACUGACUCCAGGCAUCGCUGAAACAAACAAAAACAAAAACCCUUUCUUGUUUUGUGCUGUUUAGAAUCUCCCUCUAAAAACACAUUUUUGAAUUUGUAGGAAAAAAAGAAAAAUGUGACAAAAACAAAAAGCGACUUGAGUUGAGUUCUUUUGUCAGCUUCUGUGUUCCGUAGGGGGCCAAUCUUUGUUAGAGGACAAUUUCCAGGCACUGUUAAAAUCUCUUGUUUCUCUGCCAAAAAAAAACACCCCAUGCCUUUUCGGGACUGUUCACGUCGACAGUCUGCAGUUUUUCUCCAAAUAAGAAGCUCACGAGAGCCUCGGUGUGCUUCCAGUCCUGGCUUUGUAAAUACUGUAAUCUGUUGCCAUGUAAAUAAUAUUCAGGUUUAUCUCCGUAUAUGUAAAUGGUUGUAGAAAUGGCGUAUUUUUUUUUUUUUUUUUCCAUUCUGAAUGUUUUUCAAAUCACUGCUUUUCCAAUGAAGAUGACCUUCUUGAUGUAGAUGUAUUUUUGUGUAAUUUUUUUUUUUUUUCCAUCACCUUUUUUUGAGAUUCAACCUCAUGUCAAGUCUCAUACCACUCUAACCCUAUCAAUAAAAUACACUUUUCUAAUGAUAUUA